CUUGGAUGUCCAUCAGAAAGUUUGAGGUGUAGUUUGAGACAAUGAAGAAGAUGGGAGUUCCUGGGAAAAUUCUGUGUGUCCUGAUGCUGCUACUGCACAACAGUAUUCAGCAACAGCAAGUGUUUAAUGAUAUAAAAACACUCAGUCUCCCUGCAAAUUAUAAAAUUGGCUGGAUGGAAUCUCUGGAUGACAACAAACUUAUUUCUGACAUCACUAUUCCUGGUACCCAUGACAGCUUGGCCCUUUAUGGAGGAUUCUUAGCAAAAUGUCAGGCAUGGUCACUAGAGGACCAGCUAAAGGCCGGGAUACGCUACUUCGACUUGAGAGUGUUUGGGGCCGAAUUGAAAAUUAAGCAUGGACCGUUUGACCAACGUACAACUUUCCCUAUUGCUUUCAACACAAUUAGGAAAUUUUUAUCUGAAUAUAAAUCAGAGACAGUGUUGGUCAGAGUUAAGCCUGGGGGUAAAUCGAAAGAUAAAGUCCCAAAUUUAGUUGCAGAGGAGAUUAAAAAGGUCCCUGAUUGCUGGGUUUCAGAUAAAAUACCAAAGAUUGGUGAAGUACGAGGAAAGACUGUAUUUGUUCAGAAAGAUGCCUUUAAGCUGGGUAUCUCUUCACAUGGAACUGAUAAGCCUAAUGACUAUAUAGUAGUUAGUGUUAAAAAUAAAAAAGAAAAAAUUAUUUCCCAUCUAAAGUACUCUGCAGACAAAAAGAAUAGACUUAAUCAUAUUGUUUUGAACUAUUCAAGUGGCACAGGCAUACCUAGAUUGAUGCUUCAUAGAAACCCCAAAAGUCUGGCAAAGAAUAUCAACCCUUGGCUAUAUGAAUAUCUCAAUAACGAAUCUAAGAAAACCAAUCCCAAGCCUUGUUUUGGGGUGAUAGCUAUGGACUUUCCAGGCUUGGAUUUGAUUAGAAAGGUCACCGAAUUUAAUUAG